AUAUUAUCAUUCCUUAAUGGAGCUCAAACAGUGUAAUUUGUCAACAUGAUUGGUAAUUUGGCGGACGACACCGACAGUGUGCUGUUCGUGAACCCGAAGAUCGUCAAGAGGACUCCCGAGGGUUCUCCGCGCGUACAAUCCGAACAUGAUGAGGGAUUAUUGCGUGUACCUCCGCAGAGGAGGACUUUAAACGAAGUUAUUUCUUGUAUCAUUGCUAUGCUCCAUGGUGUUGAGGUGUUCACGUCAUUGCCAGUGCUAUAUCUCUACAAGGAUGACUUCCAACUUGGGCCAGCCAUGCUCAUAUUUAUCCUGGGUUUAGUUCGCAUUCCCAUGAACAUUAAGAUCCUCUUUGCAUUUCUCAGCGAUGGCGUGCCAAUAUUCGGCAGCAGGCGUCGCAGUUAUCUGAUUAUCGGUAGCUUGCUGUGCCUAGCUUCUAACUUUAUCCUUGGACUCUGCGCCCACACGUCACUGCUGUGGACUACAGUACUCCUCGCAGUGUCUUCCCUUGGCAUGGCACUCUGUAGUGUUAUCGGGGAGGCACUGAUCAUUGAAUCUGGUCGUCGUCAAAAUAAUGACCAGGUUACCAAGACGAUAUCCACUUUCUGUGCUUUCAGGAAACUUACCUUUGCCGGGAUGUCAUAUCUCUCCAGUGUAUUGAUUAUGAUCAUGCAUAAAAAGCAACUAUUCCUGAUGUGCUCGGUUAUACCUCUGGUGGUCCUCAUCAGCGCAUUUUUCAUUAAGGAGGACGAACUCUCACCUCAGCUAUCUGUCAAAGAGCAGUGGAACAAGCUAUUAAACUUUAUCGGAAAACCAGAGAUCAAGAGGCCAAGCAUAUUCCUAUUCAUUAGUAUGUUGGUACCUUCGGCUGGAACGGCACUAUUCUACUUUAUGACUGAGGAGUUGCACUUCGACCCCGAGUUGUUUGGUAGAUUUGCUGCCAUUCAAGCUUUUGCCAGCCUUAUCGGUGUCUAUGUCUAUGCCUAUAUAUUUAGAGAAUGUAGUAUCAGGAAGCUAUACGUGUGGACUACUUUGUUCGUGUCGCUGUGCUGUAUGCUCAGUUUGGUCCUGGUCAAGCGAUGGAACCUUGCCCUAGGGAUUCCUGACACCGCAUUUGUCAUUACCGAUAGCUCACUUCUGCAGCUAGUUGGAGAGAUCAACUCGCUGCCUAUAUUCAUCAUGGCAACCAGGUUAUGCCCGCCAGGUAUCGAGUCUAGUAUGUACUCAUUCCUGUGGACCGCGCAGUUCCUCGGAUUGGAUGUUAGCACUUACAUCUCGUCGCUGCUGACCUAUGCCUUUGGUAUUGGUACUAACCACUUCGACGGGUUGGUUCAACUCAUUAUAUUCUGCGCCGUGGCACAUAUCAUACCUAUAUUCUUUGUCUACCUACUACCGGAUCGUAUCCCUAGGAAGGUGGAGGACGACGAUGCCGACACUAUACCGUGCCUUCAAGAUGGUGAUGUUGGCGACCAGAUGAAGGAUAUGUAACAUACGGUCAACCACACACUGGUCCAAAGUUUGGCCACACCAAUAGGGUUGGCCGA